GAGAAGUAAUCAAUUAAUGAAUAGGGUACGGCUGGCUUGACAUAUUUAACAAGUUCCAGCAAAAAUUAUUACGUACACGAGUGAAAGUUGAAUUAUUAGUAUUAAUACUAGCGUGCCUUAAAUUAAUCAAAAGCAGACGAAAAAAAAGAAUAAAACAGCUCCAAUAACUGACCAUGUCUCGAUUCCUUCUAUUGUUUGGCUUCGCACUCAAUGCACUUAUCGGAUUAUCUCUGGCAAAUGAACCAGCAUGGGGCUACAGAUGCGAACACAGCAACUGCAAGAAAGUGGAACUCACAGAAGAGAACAAGAAGACAGCUGUAAGUUUAUCAGUUUGUCGUUUGUUCUGCGAUGAAGUAUAUGGAACUUUAUGGCCAAAACCGACAGGAGAAAUUGCACCAUCAAAUGAAGUCGUCAAGAUAAAUCUUCAUGACAUUACAUUCAAGACAAAUAAUUUUAAAUUAUAUCCAGCAUAUUGGGCAAUGGCAACAGACAGAUUCUUGGAAAUGCAAAAGAAGAAAUUUCCAACAAAAUAUUCAGUUAAAUCGGGUGGAAAUCCAUUAGUUAUUGAAGUGCUUGUCGAUUCCGAUGAUAUGACAUUUAAUUUGGAUACUUAUGAAGGAUAUAAGCUUAAAAUAGUCGAUCAAGAUGGUGUUCAUGCAAUAGUUACUGCUAAGAACUUCUAUGGUGCUCGUAAUGCUCUCGAAUCUCUCUCACAAUUGAUUGUCUACGAUAAUAUAAGGAACGAAAUUGUUAUUGUCAGUUCCACAGAGUUUUCUGAUGAACCAAAGUUUAAGUAUCGUGCCAUUCUUCUUGACACAUCGAGGAACUACUUCUCAAUUGAAGCAAUUAAGAGAACAAUUGAAGGAAUGGCAAUGGUCAAGCUUAAUACUUUUCACUGGCACAUAACUGAUUCACAAAGCUUCCCAAUGGUCGUUAAAUCACAUCCCGAUCUAUCAAAACUCGGUGCUUAUUCUCCUGACAAAAUUUACACCGCUGAAGACAUUAAGGAUGUUGUGAGGUUCGCUAAAGCACGAGGAAUUCGUGUCUUGCCUGAAUUUGAUGCACCAGCUCAUGUUGGUGAAGGAUGGCAAAAGAAGGGAUUAACAACAUGCUUUAAUGCACAACCUUGGAAAGAUUUUUGUGUUGAAGCACCAUGCGGUCAGUUAGCAGUCCACAAAGAUGAGCUUUAUGAUGUUCUUGAAGACAUUUAUCGUGAAAUGGUCGAGAACUUUGAAUAUCCUGACUUAUUUCAUAUGGGCGGUGAUGAGGUUUCUGUCUCAUGCUGGAAUUCAAGUGCUGAUCUGCAAAAAUGGAUGCUUAAUAAAAAUUGGGGACUGACUGAUAAAGAUUUUAUGAGAUUAUGGGGACAUUUCCAAAGUAAUGCAAUUUCAAGACUUGAUAAAGUCAACAUCAACAAGACUCAAGUGAUUUUAUGGACAAGUCAUUUGACAGAGGAACCGUUCCUUUCACAAUAUCUCAAUAAUGAACGAUACAUCAUCCAAAUUUGGACAACUGGCGAUGAUCCUAAAGUAAAGACAAUUCUCGAGAAAGGAUACAAGAUGAUUGUGUCAAACUAUGAUGCUCUUUAUUUCGAUUGUGGAUUUGGUGCUUGGGUAACUGACGGAAAUAACUGGUGCUCACCAUACAUUGGCUGGCAAAAAGUUUACGACAAUAGAAUGGAAAAUAUUGCUGGAAAUUAUGUAAAUCAAGUUUAUGGUGCAGCAGCAGCACUUUGGAGUGAACAGGUUGAUGAGUUUGCAUUAGAUGCUAAAUUGUGGCCCAGAGCAUCAGCUUUGGCUGAACGAUUGUGGUCAGAUCCUGAAGGUGGCUGGAAAUCAGCAGAAUCUCGAAUGCUUGUCAAUCGUAGGAGAUUAGUUGAUAUUGCUGGAAUUGCCGCUGAAAGACUUCAACCUGAAUGGUGCUUACAGAAUGAAGGUGACUGCCCAAUUUAAGGAUAUCGUCGUUCUCACUAGCCACACUUUUUAAGCAUACAUCAUUUGAGAGAUUUUAAAUGAGAUUUUUCGUGUUUUUAUAAGACAUAAGUUUUUUUAAGCAAUAAAGU